AUGGCAUCAUCCGCAUUCAAGCUAGAUGUGGCAAGGAAGUCUCUCCUCGAGGAGGGAUUCUUUGAUUUGAAUGACUCUACGGUUGGCGAGCAUGUCUUGGAGAUGGAGAGGCGGGGUUUCCCGUACCUCACCGAAUAUGGUAUGGACUUUUGCAAGCAAUUUGCCUUUGACGAACGAAUCCGAUCUAUCCUCGAAACCUCCCUUGAACGGUGCAGCCUCGGACACUGGCUGAGAUACGAAGAAUUCCCUGGCCAUGUCGAAUGCUUCAGGAGGGGUGGUCUAAAAGCUGGUCGCCGUGUUCUAAUGGUGCAUCUGUGGGCCAAAGGAUCGCGAGCGGAGUAUUAUACCCUUUCGCAUCUUUGCGACUUGGCGACUACGAAGGGGAGAAGAUCCUUAUAUGAGAUUCCCCAAUCCGAGCUGGAUCGUGUGGGCUCUAAGCCCGAGGUGAAGGAUUUUCCAGAUGGUGGCUUGGUGAUUCUAGAUGCUAGACUCGGUUUUAAGAUCGAGCAGGGAUAUGCCAUUACGUUUCUUUUUGCCACGGAUGAAGUGAUCGCCAACUGGGCGAAAAUGAUCCUUCCACACUCAGAAGGACUGGAACAUAAAGUCAGGGAAUUAGAGAUGCUGAGCGCGAAAAUUGGACUGAACUUCACGUUUGAGGGUUCUGGUGGAAGCACAAAGAAUUAG